AUGUCCUCCGCUGGCUUGUUACCUGGUAUGCCCAUCAAUUUUUCCACUGCCCUACCCAAAUGUGACUCUUGCCUCCUCGGUAAACAGAUGCGUUCCACAGUGCCUAAGGUCCGGCAGGGUGUCCAUUUGUCUGAACGACUUGGGUUAGUGUAUGUGGACUUGAUGGGACCUGCCAAUGUGAAGUCUCUUUCAGGAAACCUGUAUGCUCUACACAUAAUAGACGACUUUACAUCCUACUCAUGGUCUAUCUCCCUCCCAUCUAAGGAUGCUGCCCUCCGCCUUUUCACUUCCUGGGCCACAGCACGUAUGACUGAAACCAACCUUCUCCUUUGUGCUGUUCAAAUCAACAAUGUACUGGCCACCAAGGUCAUCUCCCCUAUUCCAUCCUCUGUUGUAUCUUUUGCUCCCCCUGUGACACCCAUACCACCUCCUCUUGUUCCUGUUGCUCUGCCAUCUCUGGUUCCACCCCCUCUCCGUCAUUAUUCUUGGGUACCUGUUCCUUCUGAACGUUGGGUGGCUGCACUUGACCUACCUUACUCAUCUACCAUCUCUCAUGCUGUUGAGGCCUCUGCGGCUGCUGGCUCUUGUCUCUAUACUGCCCACACUUCUCACUUACCCCCCCUCCACCCACCUGCACCUUCUGAUCCUCUUGCAGCCUUGCUCUCCAGUCUUGCUGAUGUCCCUCCUGCUCUUACCUUGGACAUUGAGUAUCCUGGUGACCCUAGUACCCUUGCAGAAGCCAUGGCUUCUCCGUUUGCUUCACAGUGGUGCACUGCACUACUUGACAAAUUUCAGUCAAUUUGUGAUCUUCAUGUCUACAAGCUUGUUCCUAGGUCCUCUGUGCCCUCUGGUUGUCGUAUUAUGUGUGGUCGCCCUGUUUUCCAUUUGAAGUGUGAUCACCUGAAUGUCCCUGUCCGUUUCAAAGCUCGCUGGGUCUGUCAAGGCUUUGAGGCCAUCUUUGGGCAAGACUAUACUUGGACAUCCUCUCCCACUGUGCGUAUGGAAUCUUUUUGUGCCCUUCUUCACCUGGCCACUGCGCGCAACUGGGAGAUUCAUUAUAUUGAUGUAAAGACUGCCUUCUUAUAUGGUCUUCUUCCUGAUGAUAAGACAUACUAUAUGGAACAACCCCAUGGCUUUGAAGAUCCUGACCAUCCUGACUGGGUGUGGAAGCUUCUCAAAGGUCUGUAUGGGAUGAAACAAGGUGGUUGCUUGGUUGUUGGAUGA